UUCAGCCAAAACAGAAGGGGAUUCGAGUUUUGAGAGAGAGAGAGCGAUUCCUAGAGAGAGAAAGCGACGAACAAGAGUCUCCAAGUUCCCUAGCUUGAUCUUCAUCACCAUUGGGGGCCAGCUUGAGCUUGGAGAAGUGCCGAUCAACGUCCAGGAGCAGGAAUCCAUCCUUCACAGUAUGAAUUCCGCGUCUGAUUCUGCUUUUGCUUCUUUCUCCAUGGAGUAGUUCUCCCAUUCAUCUGGGUAUGGAGAACCCUAGAUUUGUAUGUUAGGUUUGAUUGUAUGAACCCAAGUACUGAUUCUAUGAGUUGAUUAUAUUCGAUUGAGGUUUGAAUGACUUGAAUCCUGAUCAAAUUCCUGUUGUUUCUGCUUUAACCUAGAAUGAGAAUAUCUGCCUAGGUUGAUAGAGCAUCCUUGAUUGAAGGUAGGGAGUUGGUGACUUUAGUCGAGGAGCCAACUCACUAUUCUGUACCGGAUUCAUUUCGGUAGUGGAGGUUUUGUUCAAAGGGCCUCAAUCUGUUUACUCCGGUGGAGGUUAGUCGCCCGCUAGAGACUCAGAUUGAGAGGGUCUGAAGACCUUUAGUCGAGACUUCAGGCUGUUUAAGAACCUUCCGCAAUAUAACUAUCAUAGAAACUGAACUUGGUAAUUACAAUCCGGCUUAACUGCAGUCUAGGGGGAACCAUAUCCGGGUGACCUCUCUUAACCUGAAUACAACAAUUUACUUGCUUUUUUAGUUUGUUAGUUUAGACUUGCAUUAAAGUUUCAUUGCUAGAUAACAAGAAUUCACCGAGUAGUCAUCAAAUCUAGGACCCGGGUUGACAUUUAAACCCAAACCCGCUAUACUACGCUUUAGGAAGUGGUUUCACUUGGCCAAUUCCUAGGAUGACAGUAGAAGUGAGUCAUCUACCACGAGCUGGUGCUCGAGUUCUAUAUGACCUUCAAGCACGAAGAUACAGAGGACUGGACGGACGGUGAAGCCGUCAAGUUCAGGCUCGGCGGUGCGCCCCGCUCCAUGAGCUACCACGAUUUGGCGACCGCUCUCGACCUCGGCCUGGUCGAUGAUAAGGACUACGUCACCGAGCUCAACGAUCCAGUGGGUGUUAACUUCAAGACGCUGUACACCCGCCUAGCUCAGCCAGGCCAGCGUCCCUUCGUUGCAGGGCGGACGAAGGCCAGCACCCUGCACCUCGAUAACCGCAUUCUCCACCACAUGCUGGCGAAGUCCUACACUCCAGCUGGGGACAGUGCCAGCACCCUCACCAAGAGAUCCAUGUACUUCAUCCAGUCCAUCCGCCAGGCAAACCAUCCGCUCCACCUGGGUUCUGUGGUGGCCAAGACGGUGGAAAAGAGUGCUUCACAAUUAGGGACCCUCCACUGCACCUCCCUCAUCAUCCGCCUGGCCACCUACUUCCAGAUCCCACUGCAGGGUUUCACAGAGCUGGGGGGCACUAGUGUUUUCGGUGAAGAAACGAUCAAGAAUAUGCACCUGCUCCGAGUCGAGCGCGGCAUCAAGUGGAUCGAGGGGUUUCCUGCUCCUCAAAUCCCAGCGGAGGACCAACCGGAUGUUCCUACGGAUGAGGCCACUGAGGAUGCCCACCCCGAGGAUGUGGAUGAUGCUGAUGCCCCCCGCCCGACCACCAUCGAGUACGGGGGUAUCAGUUUCACCUUCCCAUCCCAGGACUACUUCACUCACCAGUUCCAGCAGCUAAGUCUCCAGAAUCAGAACCUCCUCGACCAUAAUCUCCAGUUCCAGCAGCAAUACUCGGAUCACCAGGCCGAGUAUCACACCCGGAUGGCUGCCUAUGAUGCGCGCCAUGAUCGCACGGAGACCCAGCAGGGGGUGACCCUUGCUCACAUCGAGCGGGAGCGGGCCCGAUCUCGCCGUAAGUAGGAGGUUCAGCAGCACCUGCUCCAGCUGAUACCGGGCGGGCAGCCAGUCUGGAGGACUCCCUGUGAGGACUCUCCCUUCCACCCCCGGCCGCAAGAGAUGACGCCUUCAUGAACGACAUCGACUUUGACAACCUUGGCGAUGAGUAGUUUGUACUCGUCGCCCCUCAGAGUGUGUUUUUGUUUAAGACUUUUCGUGUUUGCUCCAUGUUUGUGCGGAGCUUGAACUGAGUCUGUCGUUUGUUUUUGUUUUUUGUUUUUUUUUCUUGUGGAUUGUCUAUUCUGUGACCAUCUGGGCUAACUCUGAUCCCUAACGCACAGUGUGCUAGUGUGUUCUUGAUGUUUCGUUCGUGCAGAACAAUUUCGUUCGUUCCAUAUGUUCCCCAGUGACUGGUCCACUUCCAGUCUCUCGGCAGUAAUUCCAUCCGGUAACAUCCUUCCCCUUAUCUCUCCCUCUACUCCAUUGAGGGAAAUGUUGUGCUUAAGUGUGUGUGUGGGGGGGGGGGGUGCUUUGUAUCGAUUGGAAUCUCUAUAUGUGUGCUUGGGGCCUAGUCCGCUGUCCAAAUCUCGAGAUUUGAGGGCUCCAAGCACCGUUGUUUGCUUGAUCAUAUUGGCACUGUGGAGUUAAUUGAUGUAUAUUAUGGCUUUCGAAUUGAUGCUUGACAACUAGAGUGUGACUAGGACAGCCAAUAACGAUGACUGAGACGUGCAGUAGAAUUGUGUAGGGGUUCAGUUUUUCAACUGUUUGCUUACCAACUGUGACUUGGAUUGAUCACUUGUUCUUGACAGUCGUUUAUGCAUCUAGUUCAGGGAAUUAGAAUGAGAGAUAGAGCAUAUAGGUAGCCAUGUGAGAUUUGAGCCUUCUCAUUUCUUUCUUGUGCGAUAGUUCCCUCUUCCAUGAUGUGCAGCAUUCACGUUGUCACUAGCUAAGAUGAUGGAGGCAUCGGAUUAACCCAUGACAAAAUUGAUUGUCCUGGUGUGUCAUACCCCCUAGUCAGCCCCUUUGAGUCGUGUACUUUUCUUUCUUUCGGUCUAUAAUGAAAAAUCACCCUUUUGCAUCUCUUAGAAGGUUCCACAGAGUAGUUUUUACAUGUUCUCUGCUGUUUCUGCUAAAAAUAAUGUGAGGGUUGGUGGUAGUUCUUAAAAAGUUGGGCAUGUGUUUGAAAAAUGUGCAUAGGUGGUGGUUCUCUCAAGAAAUGAAAAAAGAAAAGAAAAGAAAAUGAAUGAAAGCAAAAGAGAGCCAUGAUAACAUCGUAUUUGCACAUGUUUGCACCCUCGUUUCUUGAUCAUUUUGUCUUGAGUUUUUUCCUUCUUGGACUAUUUUAUGCUAGGUUGUGUUCCUUUGUCACAUUUCAGGUCCUAGCAUGUAAAUUGAAGCAAAGGCGCAAGUUUCAAGUCAAUCGGAAUUCAUUUGGCAAUUCGGGAGAAGAAACACGAGCAUGACCCGAGGAAGAAUGGACUUCUACCUCAUAUUAUGUACAAAUAAUCAUGGAAUCUUGUCAUGAAAAGAUAGAGGACGAGACUACGAGCGUCUGGGAUCAAACGGCGACUGAUUCGGAGUCCGGACGAGGGAGAAACGAAGCAUUAAACAUGGGCGGAGGAAGAAUUACGGGCAGGGGAAUUACGACCGUAUUUUCCCCUCCCGUGCCCGUAUUUUCACUGCCGAGAGGAGCUUUGGAUGCGCUGAAACUUAACCAAAACGCGUGUUUUGAGCAAAAUACGGGCAUGGAAGAAUUACGACCGUAUUUCUGCCCAUAUUUCACCCAGAAUCGGGUUUUUGAGGCAGAUUCGAGCCAAAGGAAAGGGAGAGCUGGGUUUUGGUUCCCAAACACCCAAGGGACGAACCCUAGAGAGAGAGAGAGAGACUUGGGAACAUUCUUGGAGCUAUUUUGGAGGAUUUCUUCACCAUUGAAGCUCAGGAAUCAAGCUUGGAGAUGGAG